GCCAAGUGGUACUUAAGGAACAAUUAUCCACUUUACAUUAGUCAUAAACUGCUUUACGCGUACCUCAAGCUAGGCAACGAGUCUCUUUCCCAUCAGCGAUUAUUUGAGCAGGUCGUCCCUACUCUUUGUCUUCCGCUAUACACAACAUACAACAGCGUCCGCCACCUCAUUGCAGACAUGGCCGCACCAGGAGACCAGCGGAUAGCAGUGCCUAUCGAUGAUCCAAAUGCUGACACGGAAUGGAAUGACAUCCUUCGAAAACACGGCGUUAUCCCUGAGAAGCCACCAAGUCCUACUCCUAUGAUUGAGGAGGCCAUUUUGGAGGCUCGAAAACUCGCACACGACAACAGGCUCGAAGGCAAGGACCUCGACGAGCUGGACGAGCUCGAGGAUGAUGAGGACGAUGCCUUCCUGGAGCAGUACCGGCAGAAGCGAAUGGCCGAGCUGAGCGCCGUCCAGAAGAAAUCGGUCCAUGGCAGCGUCUACCCACUAUCAAAACCGGACUACCAACGAGAGGUGACGGAGGCGUCAAACAAUGGACCGGUUCUUGUCAAUCUGACUUCAUCUACGGGCACAAAUGUCGAGUCGAGGGUGCUUUCCGAGUUGUGGAAGCAGGCUGCGAAGGAGUACGGAGACGUCAAGUUCUGCGAAAUGAGGGCCUCUCAGGCCAUCGAAAACUAUCCGGAGAGGAACUGCCCAACUAUACUGGUCUACAAGAAUGGAGAUAUCGUCAAGCAGGUGGUCACGCUGGUCACGAUUGGCGGAGUGCGCACCAGCAUGUUGGACCUUGACAAGAUUCUGGUGGAGGUUGGUGCUGUCUCGGACAACGACAUGAGAGUACUUAAGAGACGGAGAGCAGCCGAGGAUGCCGAAGAGGAGAAGCUGUCGGGCAACAAGGGCAUUAAGCAGAGCAAACGGACGGCCGACGAUUCCGACGAUGACUGGGACUGAGAUCAACGUGCCUGAAUACUUUGUACCAGUGCCUCUUCUCAUUAAUUGCUGGGAUCCUAGGCUGCCGGGAACCUCAGCUGAGACUACACGAUGGGUCGUCCGACGAUUCUUCCGUCCCACCACCCAGUCGAAUCGGGCCUAUAUACAGGCCUUACCACCAUUUAUGCUCGGUACUGUC